GCUGGAUUCUUGAAAGAGCCGAGGAGCAAAUCGAGCAGCAGAAUUGCGAGAACAGAAUACUCAAUAUGGAUACUGCCAAUGGAAUUUCCGCUCGCUCAAACAAUACCGAGAACUCAUUCGAUGAAGCCUUCGGCAAAGCUUCAAGCGGGCAUCGCGAGGAAGAUGCUGAAGAUUUACUGCAUGUGACCAGCGACUCUGAUGGCCCCUCCGAACAACUCGAAGUCAUCUUUGACAAACACAAUUCGCAACGGAGACGAGCUUCUAUGGCACAGCCGGCAGACCACGAAGGAGGAGGCAGGAGACCUAGACACAAACGACAGAUCACCUCAUGUUUUGUCCACUCUCUUCUUGAAGAGCGAACGUUCAAGAGUGGUGGGCCCUUGGAACGCGACGAAAAUAUGCACAAACCGGCAGACAAAGAUAUUGAGCCUUCUUCGACACAAGAUGUGCAGCAUACGCAGUCCAGACUUUUGACGAAGAAGCAGCUAUCAGAUAUGGCAUUUGGGAUACGAGAAUUGUCGAAGAAGCUAGGCCGUGUGCGAUUACUGCUCAAAGUCCGGAAUGUGUUCCUCUUGACGAAAGCGCAUGACCAAAAACUGAUCAAGUUCACGCGGGACGUGUCGGAGUGGUUACUAAAACAAAAGAAUGGCGAUGGGAAACAAUAUACAGUAUGGGUGGAAGAUACAUUAAAGGACAAUAAGGCAUUCGAUACCGAAGGCCUAUGCAAACAGGACGAAUCGUACAAGGAUCGUCUAAAAUUCUGGACAAACGAGCUCUGCAGAAAGAAACCGCAUCUUUUCGAGAUCUGCCUUGCCUUGGGAGGUGACGGAACAGUUUUAUACGCUUCAUGGCUCUUCCAACGCGUCGUACCACCCGUAAUGUCCUUCGCGCUAGGGAGUCUAGGCUUCCUGACCAAAUUCGACUACGAAGGCUAUCCCGAAACAUUAACAACAGCAUUCAGCGACGGAAUCACAGUAUCCCUACGUCUACGAUUCGAAGCCACAAUCAUGCGAUCACGAAGAAAAGACAACCACGAAGACCAAAAUUCCCGCGAUUUAGUCGACGAACUCAUCGGAAACGGCGCAGACGAUGUCUCAACACAUCAUCCAGACGGAAGCCACAACAUUCUCAACGACAUCGUCAUGGAUCGCGGACCCAGUGCCACAAUGAGCAGUAUCGAAAUGUUUGGCGACGAAGAACAUUUCACUACAGUUCAAGCGGAUGGAAUUUGUGUCGCGACACCCACGGGUUCAACGGCGUAUAACCUUGCAGCGGGAGGAAGUCUUUGUCAUCCUGAUAAUCCAGUCAUCCUUGUGACGGCGAUUGCACCGCAUACGUUGAGUUUUCGACCUAUUAUUUUGCCGGAUACGAUUGUUUUGAGGAUAGGUGUGCCGUAUGAUGCGAGGGCGAGCUGUUGGGCGAGUUUUGAUGGGAAGGAGAGAUCUGAACUCCAACCAGGUGACUAUGUCACCAUCUCUGCCAGCCGAUUUCCCUUUCCAUCGGUCCUACCGCUUGACCGCAGAAGCGAAGACUGGGUGGAUAGUAUUUCGCGAACGCUGAAUUGGAAUAAUCGACAGCGACAGAAAGCGUUUGAUGAUGGGCAUAAAGGGUCAGGAAAGUCGUGAUUUGGACGCAGCUCUUUUCAGAAGAGUACGAUACUUUUGCAGGCAUGAUUGGAAUAGGAUAGAAGAACGAAGAUCACGA